ACUCGGCUCCAGAAGCCAUGGCGCGCGCCUCUCCCGGCCGGCGGCUGUGGCGGCCCGCGGGUAACGGCUACGAGCGGUGGCAAGCGACCGACUGGGCCGGGGCUCGGCUCUCCCAGGCGGUGGGCGAGCAGCGGCGCCAAACCCGCAAGCGGCUUCCCUCUCGCUUCCUCCCACCGGCAGCGAGGCGUCGGGCGAACAACGCUGGCUCCUGAUCCGCGAGGUGGCAGUGGCAGUGGCAGUGGCAGCGGCAGCGGCAGCGACGACUCAAACGACGGUCGCAGACGCUUCGCUGAGACUGAGCCGAGAAGAGCCGAAUCAUCGGAAGGGAAGCUGCUCCCACCUCAGCCAAUCAGCGCCUGCCCUGCGGACUCUCGCCCGCCUCUCCGCGCCUCUCCCCAGCAACCCGCAGAUCACAGCCAGUCAGGAAAUUCGCUUGCGGCCUGGCUCCCGCCUCAGUGAUGCGACACGCCUAGUAACGCCACGUCAAUUGGCCGCAACGCUACGCUUCCUCGACGGAUUGGAAUUCUCAGCCAAUCAACGAAAGGAAUAGGGCGAGAUCGACUAGUGAAAGGAGACCCUUUAAUCCCUUAGAGGCGGACUCUCCCACUUGGCUCCAGUUCAUUGGCUCCGGAGUUUAUCCUCCUGGAAGAACGUGGCACAGUAGACUGAACCCUUGUAUUAGUCUAGUCCUAUUGUGGUAACCCAUACACCCCUCUUCUCCCAAAACCUGGAGAUCUUCUAAGACGCCAUCACCACCCUGACAUUUCUUGCUCCUUCUCAACGCUGCCUCCAACCACCCCUACUCUGAACUUUCUGACUAGCACCCCACUCCUACCCCAUUGUCACUGCACCCUCUGGUAACCCCAAUCCCACAGCCUUUGCAGUUUCUCAACGCUUGUGCCUUUCUUCCUCCCGUCAUUAAUAUUAAUACCUUAUAAUAAGGCACUCAAAUCCAGAGAAGUCAAAGGGCAACCAUAGAACACACAGCCAAUUCAGUAGAACCCAAAUUAGCAAGAAAACUGCACAUGCUGGGACUUGAAAAUCCUUGGGUCCCAAAUAACAGGGGUCCCUGUUAGUAGUCAACAGGCAGCUGUUGGUGAUAUGCUGACUCAAUUCACCUUUCACCCUGUACCCACACAGACCCAUUUGACUAAGACGAGUCGAAUUUCUAGAAUUUGGAAUUAGGGAGUGAAGAGUCACUCUGAGAGAAAUCUGCCUGUCUCUAAGUAACAGGUACCUGCCCUUGUCCUGAGAGGCCUAUCUAGACCACCCUUCAGACCCAACUCCACUCAUUGUCACUGUCCUGGGCUUUGGGGCUCUGCAUUCAGGCAAUGUGAAGGACUAAAGCCACUGCCUCCAAAGUAAGGAUUCCUGUAGCCCUUUCCUCAUACCCAGACUUCAAGUUCAUAAGGUAGACGAUGUCAGGAAAGGGCAUCAUAGACAACUAGCACUGAACUAGACGGUCACAAGCCUUCCCACGCAAGUAUAUGUAGUAGGCAGACGAGAUAAAUAUGAAAUUUUACUCGACAACAGAAAAGGAGAAACAGGAAAAAAGGUGCCUCGAGCAAAGUCAAUGACUUGGUGGUGGCAGAGAUUGUUUCCUCCAAAACCAGAAUGGUAGUAACUAGGGCAAAUUUCACAGGCCUACCACCAACCUCACCAGUCCAGGAAUUAUAUAGGAAUGGUCACAUUCCUAAUGAUGGUGAAGCAGAAAGCCCUCCCCACAGAGAGACAGCCCACUGGGGACCCAGCUCAAGCUCUUCAAAACGUGUCAGCUACAGGUCACAAGACUUUGGCAGAGAUGUCCGAAAUUCUUCAAGGAAGGCGUCACGAUCAGAGGGACGGAUCCAGCUCAAAUAGCUUUCUAGGUACAGGGGGAGAGACCUGGAGAGCAAGAAGGAUGAUGCCUAAGGGUGAAAGAUUGGCAGAAAGCUGGGGAGCCAUACCCCCGCUUUCAGUGUUCACCACCCACAAUAGGUCCAAGGACUCUAGGACACCAACUGCCCCUCAGCCCCAAGCCAGCAGGCCUGAGCCUCACCACAGAGCAUCUUCAUGGGACCCCUUAGUUUGGGCCUCCAGCCUCCACCAGAGUGCAGUGGCCUCAUCCCUCCGAUCUAGCCUCUUCAGAGUCUGAAGCAGGUGAAAGUGUGGCCUGGAAGAGCAGCUCGAGGCACCUGAAGUAGGACACAGAACAGGGGUGAAGAGGAAUCAAUUUCAGAAACUCUAGGGGUCUCCGUCUGUCACCCAGGCUGCAAGGCUGGAGUGCAGUGGCGUGAUCAUAGCUCACAACUCACUGUUGCCUCCAUCUCUUGGGUUCAAGUGAUCCUCCUACCUCAGCCUCCCAAAGUGCUGAGAUUACAGGCUCCGCUGGAUAUCCUGGGCCUGAUCCUCUGUGAAACCCUGGGCCAAGCUUGCCCUCAGGAUAAUGAAGUUGCAGGUGACAGUCAGCUCCAAGGGAAGAACAGGAACAGCUGCAGGGAGCCCUGGAGCAACAAUGUUGGUCUUACAGACUGCUCCCCCAUGGAAGAUCCUCCAAAUAAAAUCCCAACUCAGAGAUCACCCCACUCCAACCAAAACAGCUACAAUAAAGAACCCACCCUCCAGCCGAUUAGCUAAGGAUUAAAAAAAAGAACCCAACCUUUGGACAGAGAGUCUGGAAAGGGCAAUAAAGUUAUCCAGAUCAGACCAUCUUGGAAA